GGGGGGACAAUCCACAGGUGUGUCUCAUUAGUCAAGGUGGAGAUGGCCGGACGAGCUUGUGUCUUGGUGGUGGUUUUCGUCCUUAUGGCGUCGAGACUACAGAAAGUGAGGAGCGAGGAGGUGGCUGAAGGAGGAGGAGGAGGAGGAAGAGGACUGCCCAGGUUCGUCGGGGAGCUACACAACGUCACAGUACCUCUUGGGCGUGACACUGUCUUGCCCUGCACCGUUGAGAACCUUCAGAACUUCAAGGUAGCGUGGGUACAGGUGGACACACAGACGGUACUAACCAUCCACAAUCAGAUGAUCACCAGGAAUCCUAGAAUAUCUCUCCUUCAUAAUGACGGACGCACCUGGCAUCUCUACCUGAGCAACGUGAGAGAGAAGGACAGAGGCUGGUACAUGUGUCAAGUUAAUACCGACCCAAUGUUGAACCGCCAGGCUUAUUUGGAUGUCGUGGUACCUCCGGACAUCAUCGACCGGGAAUCCUCGGGUGACCUGACCAUCCGGGAGGGGGAGGAUGUGACCCUCACCUGCCGGGCCAGAGGUCACCCGACUCCUGGUGUCCUCUGGCGGCGGGAGGACAACCAGGACAUCAUUCUGGACGAGGACAACACGGUGCGGGAGGUGGAAGGGGACACACUGGUAAUGAAGAAGGUGUCGAGGUUACAGAUGGGCUCCUACCUGUGUAUCGCCCACAAUGGUGUUCCUCCCUCCAUCAGCAAGAGGACCCACCUGACGGUCCAGUUUCCCCCGAUGGUCUGGGUGCCUCAGCAGUUGGAAGGUGCCUACCCGAACCAGGAGCUGACCAUUGAGUGCCACACCGAAGCCUUCCCUAAGAGCAUCAACUAUUGGACUAACCCCAAUGGUGACAUGAUCGUGGCAGGGUCAGGAUACGAGCCGGUGGUCACAGAGAAGAGCCAAUACAAAGUUUACAUGACUCUCACGAUUCGUCAUCUCCGACCUCAGGAUUUUGGCGGCUAUCGUUGUGUGGCUAAGAACUCGCUGGGUGAAACUGACGGAGCAAUACGAGUUUAUGGUCGUAAGAUGAUGGAAAAUCCUACGCAAACUAAGGGCAUGAACGACCUUAGUAAGCAGUUACAUCGUGAGAAAUCGAGCGAGAUAGAAGUUACGCCGGCGGGCCAUGACAACCUAGAGAAUCACCAGAGCGGUCAUGCGGCGGUCCAUCACCUUGGUCCAGUGGGUCGGGACAGUGCAGCCCGUUCCAGCACCACAACUACCUUAAUGGACCACUAUUGUCUGGUUCUUCUACUCGUGGUGGCCCAACUGUACCUCUAGUGUGUAUAGGAGGUGAUGGUUGACGUGCAGUUCGUCAGGUCACUCGAGUCCGUCUGGUCGUAAAGCAACUCUAAUUGGAUUGUCCAUGACGUCACAAUUUUCUUACCAUCUGUUACAAAAUUUUGCCCGUUUAAUAUUUAUAUAGUUAUUCAUCAUAUUAUAAUUAAUUAACAUAUAGAACAGGAUAUCCUUUUAUAAUGCAGAAUACGGUAUUGUUUUUUUAAAGGAAUGUACAGGGUAUGUACCAAAAAAAAAAUUAGGAGGGGUAACUUUCUUAAAAUGUUAUACAAUAUACCUGUACUCUUUAAAAAUUUAAUAUGAAAUAAAUUUUUAGUCUUUCUCCUCCAAAUGUUCGUAUUAUUCAUAUUUAGUUUCUUGAUCUGUUAUUUAAAGGCAUAGCUACGGAAAUGCAAGUAACUUCAACACCGUCAGUACUUUUCCAAUUUAAAAACCACUGAACUGUGUCUGAGUGUGUUUGAGAGUGUAUAUUUAUGUGUGUGUGUGUAAGUAGC